GGCCAUGGGCCAGACCGCGGUGUCCACGCUGUCCCCGCAGCCCGGCAGCGUUGAUGGCCUGGACAGAGCUUCCAUAGCGAACUCAGAUGGCCCCCCAGCAGGUUCCCAGACACCACCCUUCAAGAGGAAGGGGAAACUGUCCACCAUCGGGAAAAUCUUCAAGCCUUGGAAAUGGAGGAAAAAGAAGACCAGUGACAAAUUUAGAGAGACCUCAGCAGUGUUAGAGAGGAAGAUAUCCACCAGACAAAGUAGAGAGGAGCUGAUAAGAAGGGGCGUGAUUAAGGAGUUGCCUGAUCAAGAUGGAGAUGUAACAGUUAACUUUGAAAAUUCAAACGGGCACAUGAUCCCCAUCGGAGAGGAAUCUACCCGAGAGGAGAAUGUAGGGAAGUCUGAAGAAGGUAAUGGCUCUGUGUCUGAGAAAACACCACCUCGGGAGGAAAAGGCAGAAGAUAAGAAAGAGAACACUGAAAACCAAUCUGAAGCACCGGCAGCUCCUGUUCCACUUCCUCCAGCUCCUCCUAAGCCUAAACCCAAACCUAAACCCAAAAAAUCACCCGUGCCUACCAGAGGGGCCGCUGCUGGGCCCAGCCACAAAGGUGACGAAGUGCCUCCCAUUAAAAAACAUGCCAAGGCUCCUGGCAAGCAGGUCCCCGUCCCUCCGCCCAAGCCAACGAGCCGAAACACAACCCAAGAGGCUGCUGGUUCUUCUCAUUCCAAAAAAACAACCGGCUCCAAAGCCUCAGCUUCCCCGUCUACUUCGUCCACCUCUUCACGUCCGAAAGCUUCAAAAGAGACAGUUUCUAGCAAAACAGGGACAGCGGGGACCACGAAGGGCAAGAAGAAGCCUGGCAAACAACCAUCCACUUCUUGCGUCUCCCCAGACACCGGGACCACUGGGGCAUCUGAUCCCAGAGGACAGCCUUCGGAGGCCGGGGUGCAGCGUCUCCAGCCUGAGCAGACUGUCCCUGGGCCCGAGGAGCAGAGCGCAGGCAGAGCCACGCCGGCCGCCCCUCCGCCUCCCGCGGCCGCGUUGCCUUCCCCGCCCGCCCCUCCUCUGCUCCUUGAGAACCAGUGCGUUGUGGCCCCAGACACUCCCGUGGUCCUGGUCAGCAACGGAGCUGAUCUGCCCGCCUCUGCCUUAGACCCAAGUCAGCUCCUUUGGACUGAAAAGCCAACCGACAGAACCACUCUCCACCCAGGCGCUGGCUUAGGUGUUAGCAGAGAACAGGCCAAAUGUUUUCCAACCAAAGAUGAGCUGCAGAAGGUCGUCUCUCAGCUGCUGACCCCAGGGCUGAUGGGAGAAUCUUCAGAGUCCUUCAGUGCCCCGGAGGACGGCAGUACCAGGGAGUACCAGGCCAGUGAUUCUGACUCAGAUGGACCCAUCCUGUACACUGAUGAUGAGGAGGAAGAAGAUGAAGAGGAUGGCAGCGGAGAAAGUGCUUUGGCAAGUAAGAUCCGACGGAGGGAUACUCUUGCUAUUAAGCUUGGCAACAGACCGUCGAAGAAAGAGUUAGAGGACAAAAAUAUCUUGCAGCGAACGUCUGAAGAAGAGAGGCAGGAAAUCCGGCAACAAAUUGGAACCAAGCUGGUCAGGAGACUCAGUCAAAGGCCCACAACUGAAGAAUUGGAGCAAAGAAAUAUCCUAAAACAAAAGAAUGAAGAAGAAGAACAAGAAGCAAAAAUGGAACUUAAGCGUAGACUCAGCCGGAAGCUCAGCCUGCGACCCACAGUAGCCGAGCUGCAAGCGCGAAGGAUCCUGCGGUUUAAUGAGUACGUAGAGGUCACCGACUCCCCGGACUACGACCGCCGGGCAGACAAGCCCUGGGCCAGGCUGACACCUGCAGACAAGGCAGCAAUAAGGAAAGAACUAAAUGAAUUUAAAAGCACAGAAAUGGAAGUUCACGAAGAGAGUCGACAGUUUACAAGGUUUCACCGUCCCUGAAGGAGUGUGGGGCUGUUUGCAAGCACAGAUGAUCAUCUUCAGGGGAGAGAAGCCUUGCUCCCCAAAAAGCUGAUAUUGCACUGAGACUUGAGUGUGUGUGACUCCGUUUAAUUUGUGGUGAAGGACGUGUGUGACUCAGCUUGGUUCGAGAGUCCUCCUCACCUCUACUGCCCAGAGGGAGCCAACGAGGGCAGGGAAGGAUGCAGUAACUUGGUGCCCAGAAUGUGUGUCGAUGGUAAGGGACACUAUGGUUACAUCAGCUGUUCUUCAUAAGGAGUUUAAUCAAAGAAGAUGAGCAGAAGACAAUCACUGGCUCUCCACUAUCAGAAAGCCAAAAGUUUUAGCGCCUGUGGGUUGAAGAAACCCUGCUGGGUGCUGGAAAGGGUGAGAGUUGAAAAUCAGAGAGAAAGAGAUAUAUUUCAUUAUGUUAAUGAAGAAAGGAGAAAAUGGAAACAUAAAUGUAUUUUUGAAGUAGGCAUUUGGUAGCUGAGAACUUAUUAAGGAGCUUGGAAUCUUAAACACCUAAUGUGGAUUCCUUAAAGACUGAAUUUUACAGAUACUCUUGUUUUGCCAUUACGUUGGUACAAUAAAGUACCGUGAUUUUAGGUUGUGCCAGUGAAGCCACUUGCCAGAAGCAGACCUAAAUAUUUUCAUGCAUCUUUUUCUUAAGUGCAAGAGACUUCUGUUGACUCCUACCAAGCAUGCUUCAAUGUAUCCACAUUCUGUUGUAUGCUUCAAGUAGCACAGCUAUUACACACUCAACAUCUUUUAUACCCCUUUCCUGGUGUGUCCAUUUUCCACAAAGAUAACAGCACUAGACAAAAAAAGACAGAUGCAAUGAGACCCUAAAAACCUGUCAUAAGCUUUACGAACAAAUCUUUUUUUUUUCCUUUUCCCACCUUGAUUAUCUCCAAAGUCAAGAAACCAUACUUGAUCUACAGAAUAUUGACAAUCAUGACACCCUUUAAGAAUGCCAAGCUACAGUUUAAGUGAGGUACAAUCGUGUGCUGCCUGCUGUUCUGAGGGAGAAUGCUAAGGACCAGUUAUUUUUCAGCACUGCAUUUUUAAAAAGUUGAAUUGCUGCUAUUAAAAUAAAGCACAUGCAUCAGAAAAUAUACAUCCCAAGGCUUAAAAGAACACACAAAAAAAAUUCUGCUACGUUGUGUGUGGGAGAAAGCUCAUUUUUUAUAUUAAGAGUCUACAGAUUACAUCCAUAAAUACAGUAUUUACUUUCAAUGCCAGAGAUCAGUGAGAUGAAAAUCACAGUUUUCUGUGAGCCUCCAAGCAGUAUUGUUUACAGUGAGAGCCCUGUUACUAUAUCGCUGAAUCCCAGGUUCAGUUUAAUGCCUGCUACCCCAUAUAUCUGACUGUGUGUAAAUACCGUCUUGCAUUUAGUUGUACUUCUCAGUUGUUUCGUGGCCCUUUUUAUUAAAAAUACAUAACAAAAAGGUGAGACCUAAAUAGAGUAUUUUAUUCUUAGACCUCAGAGUAGAAUUUCCUAAAUUGCAUUUGAUUUGGAAUGUAGAAGACUGUAAUUGUUAAUUUCAACCCAAAAUUAAGCAUUUCAUCUGUUGGUUAAAUUUAGAUCCCAUUUCUUUUUAAAAUCAUUUCAAAGUGAAUGAUUUAACUUAAUUUUUUUUUUAAUUUGCCCCUCUUGACCUAUUAUAAAAAGCCAGAAUCCUUUUAUAAGAAAAGUAACCAGCAUUAUUGUACCUCUUGCUGCAUUCAGCUAUGGGCAUUAAUAAAAUAAACUUGCUCUCUGUACUAUUGUCAUUUUUCUAAUAGAGUAAGACAUACUUUGCCUUGAAUUUUUUUUUUUGCAUGCAUAAGUGUCUGUCUCUGGCUGAUAUUUUGUCUGAUUUCUGUUGUUAUCGUUUGUGGUGUUGGGAGUCAAUCUAAGG